AUGCCCAUCAUACGGAACCCGUUCAAGAAGAACGACGAGAACGUGCGACCUCCACCAACGGUCAACGGUGCAGAGAAGCCACCGACCAGUAGCAACAGUACCAAGCAGUUCAACGUCAACGACAAGGAACCAGUCGAGUACAAGCUCAGUGAGAUUAACGACUCUGGCGUCUACCUUCCACCUUCGCCGACUGAAAAGAAGAGCUUCUGGGGAACGACAGCGUCGAGAUCAACCACGUCGUCCUCGCUGCACAAAUGCGCCUUCGACGAGAAUGAGCCGUUUAGUAUAUCGCGAGAGUCGUUCGACUCGUAUCGCAGGUCAUUUGACAUUUCCGCUCGAUCGCCAGUAGUGCAGGGACAAGAAGGACGACCACGCGCAUCGCUCGACAGCCGGACUUUCUUACCGCCACCACGCAACUCGAAUUCAUUCUAUCGACCGGUACAGGUCCCGCAAACGCAAGAGGAGGAUAAGUUCGAAGAUGUCAAUAUCGACGACCCGAAGCCGCAACCAGCGAAGAAGAAGGGCAUAUUCGCUCGAAUGCGAGACAGCGAUGACCACGCAGACUCGAAUGGACGACCUACUUCGAGUGACAAGCAUAGCACAUGGCACAAUCUGACGAGCAGGAGGCGGGGCCAGAGUGGACAAGGCGCCGAGUUAGGUUCUAUUCCGAAGAGAGACGGUACACCCAAGCCUGAGAAGCAGGAGAUUCCCAAAAUUGAGCAACCGAAGCCGGAAGAUUUGAAGGUGGAGCAAAUGACAUUGGAGCAAUCGAGACCGGCCCAGCCCAAAGCUGAACCACCGAAGCAAGCAAACUCAGAAGGGCAACCGCAGGCGCAAGCGACGGCACCUCAGCAAGAACAAGUAAAAGCACAAGCACCAGCAACGCCCCAGCCGACUGUCGAGUCUGUACAAGCGCCGAAAGCGGAGCACACUCGGGCACCAGAGAUCAAGAACUCGCGCGCAUUAAAGCGCCUACGCGCAGACCACGGCGCAUUGCACAGCCAGGACUUGCCCGUCAACUACCUCUUCCACCCGACUUCUUCACACAACGACGAUCUCACACAGCUCGACAUCCUCCUUGCCGGUCCAACACAUACACCCUUCGCCCAAGGCGUGUGGAAGCUCCAUCUCAACAUCCCACCCAACUACCCCGAACAACCACCUACUGCGAACUUCCGAACGCCCAUCUUCCACCCCAAUGUCGACCCUCAAACUCUUGGUGUAUGCGUUGAGACGCUCAAGCGCGAUUGGGACAGCAAGUUGACGUUGCGCCAUGUGCUCGUGACGAUAUCGUGUCUGCUCAUUCAGCCGAACCCGGACAGCGCGUUGAAUGCAGAGGCGGGAGCUUUGAUCCAGGACGACUAUGAGAGCUUUGCGAGGCAGGCGGAGAUGAUGACCAGCAUACAUGCUCGGAUACCGCGAGAUCUUCAGGUCCAUGUGGCAGAAGCGCAGAACAGAGGACAAGAUUCAACCCAGGAUCGGGACCCAAGAGAAGACCAACAUGCGAAACCAGUCGAAGAGGCCCCGGUGGGAAGAAGACGGACGAUUGCCAAAGUACGGCACGCGCGUAGAGGGGAAACAUCGCCAACUGGACCGCCUGCUCGGAGACGACAGCAAGCUCCUGCCCGACGUCGACAGGAUAACACCUUCGUACUUCCAACAGGCAACGAUGAUGUCUUCGGCCUCACACCACCUCCACGAGCGCAGGCGAUGGGUUCCAUAGACGAGGACGGCGACAGUAGCAUGUUGGACGAGUCAGAGCAAGAGAACGACGCAGGUCGUUCGCCAUUGAAGCAAGAUACACCCAAGCCAGCAGCGACGCCCAGACGACCUAAUGGCCGAGUCGUACCCCUGGGCGAACUCAUCCUCGACCAGGAUACUGACGAGGAUCUUUCCGAGGACCUGGCAGAGUACCCACCAAGUCCACGAAAGAGCCCUACGAAGAGUGCACAAAAGCUACGGCAGACAAGACACCACGACUUGAACGUCACCUUCGAGCGACCCGAAAGCAGCAGAGACGCUGCACAAAGAGCACCAAAUCGAACGCCCCCGAACAUCAUCGAGAACACUUUAGCCCAAGACUCACCUUUCUUCAUGGACGUCACCUUCGACGAAUCACUCUCACCUCGCAAAGCCGGACGCGGCCUCUUCCAAACGCCAGCUAAGCGAUCCGGAGGUCUCUUCGGGGGAAGCACGCAGGGACCCGUGCAGAGUGGUGGCAUAGCUAAGAGGAUGUCGCCUUCGUCUGCACAGAAGCAGCGGGAGGAGCAGGUGCGACAAGAUGCGUUACAUGCCAGGCUCUGGGACUUGUGUGGACGUGACAUCAAGCGGUGGAAUCGAGGCGAUUUCGACGGGGAACCUUUCAGGAGGGCGGCGGGGCGGUGGUGA